CAAGUUUUUAAAAGCUAUAGCUGCUGCAACAAAAGAAGCAAAACACAGCAAGAGAUACGAAAAUGGGAGAGAAAAGGGGGAAAGAAUAUUUAAUCAUGAAAGAGUCGAUCAAAACCAUUGAAUACAAACCCAAGGAAGAUAGUGGGACUGGUACAGUUGAGAUUAAGCUUUUCCCAAGAACUCGCUCCUUUGGCUAUUUUGCCUUAAAAAAGUUAACACAAACUUUUGGUGGUGAUGCUGCAGACAUAAAAACAGCAAUAAAUACUUCUGGUUCGCUUUCAAUCAAUAUCAAUUCUGUAGUCCUUCUUUAUGAGAGACAAAAAGUUUCCAAUCCAAUUUUUGCAUUUAUAAGCAUACCUUCAACUUCAAAAGAUGCACCGCCAAUUUCGAAAAAGGUUGAGGUCAUCGAUUUUCAAGUUACUCUUUUUGACGUGGAAGAAGAUGCUUUAAUGCAAAUUAUUGUUACAGUGUCACAGGAGCUGAAUAAGUGCCACCAAUUUUACUUCAGAAAUGUUAAUAAGACAGUGAAUGCAAGCAGUAUGAUGCCAGCUCUACCUAUACCAGUAGUUAAAGAAGAUACAAUUGGUCCCGAGAUAUAACAAAUGAAUUUUAACUUCUGCUAUUAUCAAUAACAGAUUAUCUGUACUCCUAAUGCUACUGUAGUGUGUUCUGUAUCAAUACAAUGGAGUGUUAGUACUAUACAGCUAUCAUUG